CAAGAACUCGAAGGCGACCGCAAACUGGAGUUCGACUUUAACCGCGAAGGACGAAACAUGCAGUACCUAGCUUUAUUACGCUGCUUGUAAGUUCAUUCCAGACAUCAGUAAAUUUAUCAUCACUGAUGACCUAAAACGGUUAAAUUCUGCUUCAUUUUUCUAGGCUGUUCAUCGGUUUGAUUUUGCCUGUUAUGGUCUCUGGUUUUUGGAGUUCACCCCUAUCACGAGGACGAAUGCGAUCGAUGAGACCGCGUCCAAAUAGAAGAAUGACAGGUAAUGGUAAUGGUAAGUGUGCUUAGUGAUAAGAUAACUUUAAAAAACGCCCGAGCAAGAAUAAAGGUGGAUGCAUAUUUAUGAGUUAUGGUCGAAAACUAAGAGCCGGGGGCACGUUUUUGUUCAAGUUUUUCAUUUUUGCCGUAAAGAAACGAGAGGGCUUGGAGAUUGUCACCGUGAAAUGUCCGAUGUGUGGUUAGGGCUCGCCUCAAAGCAUUUUGAGAGUUCGUAAUUGUAAUAUAACAUCCUCGCUUCGAUCGAUCAAGUGAGCAGAAGUCGACGGGAUCAUUUCAGUGAUUUUGUAAGACGCUGCUGACAUAUCGAUGACUCAUCGAUGUUAUCUAGUGCUGUCCAAGAAUCUGAGCGUGAAAAAUGGAGAAAACAAUGGCGUCCCUGCAGGCGUUCUUUUCCUUUCUCCCCCGCGCCCCAAAAUUCUCCUCUCCCCUUCCCCUUUUAACACCUGCCACGCAGACUAGGGUAUCAGUCCAAAAGUGGACAACAUAAUUGUACAGGUAACACGUCAAGAUCUUUAAAUUGAAACACUCAUAUCAGAUAUUUUUUAGUCAAUUCUCUUUGGCGUUAAUUUCCUAUCUUCGAAAGUCGUUUUCCCGUAAAUUCGUGUUAAUGUAAGUCGCGUUAAUUUCUUAUCCCUUCAUUUUUAUUUUCAUAGCGCGUUAAUUUCCUAUAAAAAGGCAGAUAUAUAAUUGUUAUUCUAAUAGGCCAUUUUAUUUAUUCGAGUUGACUCAAGCCUCUGUCUUAAAACGAAGCUAAGUGCGAAGCCUUUGACACAAAAAUGAAUUUUACAGGAGAAAAGUUUAGAAAUUGAGCUCGUUUUGAAAGUGAAGAUUUUUGGAACUCGAAGAUAAUGGUAUUGAUCUUACUAAAAUGACUAUUCCGGUAGGCCACAGUUACUUGGAAUUAUAGAAAAACUAAAUCAGUUUUAAUGAUUCAGUACCUGACUUCGUAAUUGCAGAUAUAAAUGAGUGUGAAACAGGAAAGCACAACUGUGACGCAAACGCUAUCUGCAGUAACACAAUAGGAUCCUUUGUGUGCACUUGCAAGCCAGGGUAUUCUGGGAAUGGAAAAAAAAAACAGUAUUCUUUGGUAUUCCUUAUAAUCGUUUCUUAAUCAACUCUGAUUUUUCUCACAUUUACGCCAGUUACUUUCAGUUACAAGGUAGGCUCGAUUACCAGCCGCUGUUCUGAAAUGAGCCCGCUCUCUUCCUCUCGGGAAGGACCGCCGAAAGAGCAGCGGAAAUCGAGCCUGGUAACAAGGUCGUAUGCUGUUGUAAAGAUUCUUUGGAUAUACCUCAAAAUAUAUGUUGCAGUUGAUUUUUUAUCUUAGAUCAUUUUUGUUUUUCUUUUGUGGGCAUGGUAAUGUAUGCUGCCUAAUGAAGUUGAAACAAAGAAAACAAAAAUUACCUGAGAUUAUAAAAAAUUAACUUCAACAUGUGCAUUGCAGUUACAGUGUCAGUAUUAUUUACAUUGUUGUUCCUUAAUAUGCCUUUUCAGUGUGGUUAGGGCUCGCCUCAAAGCAUUUUGAGACUUCGUAAUUGUCCUCUGGGCUUGUUUCAGUUUAAAAUCCAGAUAUUUUCAAGUUACAUGGCUGAGUAAGAACACCUACUUGUUAAAGAGCUACUUUUCAUUCCACUGCUCCACGAGAAGACGCUUAAUUUAGCGAAAAGACACAAAAACGGAUGGGUGAAAACUGAGAAGAAAAUCAGUGCAGCAGCCAGCUACUGUAUGGAUCAAUCUUUUCUCAGACUUUUGUUCCGGCUAGCACAAAAAUCCAAAUCUGGAUAGUAUAAAAUCCGAACAACGUUUGGCUAAAGGGAACGCAACCUUAAUGUCGCUUUAACCUGCGAUCAGGAGCUCUUUUUUCCUUAACAAUUUGAGAUACUUUAACACUUUUUAAGAAAAUGGGGGGGAGGGCAUCAUCUCAGGUUAAUAAGGAGUUAAAUCAAAGACGUUUUUAGCGACGCACAUCAACCGAAAGAGAGUAGUUUUCUCUUUUAAUUUGACAUCACGCUACAAACUUUGCUUUCCCAAGUGUCUUCAAUUUUCAUAUAGACGAGUUGCCCGAAAAUCCCGCUGCCAUAUAUGGGCUAUAUAGGUAUGUGCCGCUUUGAAGGGUAUGGUUUUCAAGCAGUUUACUCUUGGAUAGGGUAUAUAAAUCAGAGCGUUUGGGUCUAGCAUCCAUAGGGUAGUAUAAGGUAUCAUUUUUCAGGAAACUGAUCAGUUGGUUGAAAUUUUUACAUAGACUAGGGAUUGCGGUAGAAGGUUUUGUUUUGGCUAGACUGCGUUUAGUUUCUGGAAAAUAGCUACUCUAGGAUAAGGGGGAUUUGGGGAGUUUACUCUAGUGUAGGGUAGCCAAAUUCAGCUGAACUAGCUCUGGUAUAGGUUAAGGGUUCCAGGGUCCCUGCGGCACAUCCCAACCCAGAAAUUCCUAAAGUACCCCCUCCCCCCCUCCCACGGCCGAAAAUCUGGUCAAAGUCGCGCCUCAAAAUUGCAACUUUGAAAACAUCCACUGCGGGUUGUCGUAACAGAAAUGAGAAGGGAUGAAGGGAUGAUAAGAAGGGAUUGAGAUAAUUGUCCUCUCGUGCGGUAUAGCCGCCUCGCCUUCUUCUGAGUACAACUAUUGCUCAUUGCAGCUAAAGCAACUCUAUAACAAUGUGCAAAAAGUGAACAAGGUUUCUGGCCAACAGCCCGGGUGGUUUUUAAAGUUGUCCCAGUGCUGAAUAAAAAGGACGUAUUCAAAGAUUUAGCGUCUGAUUUUACUUAAUAACUGAUUAUUUUUUUAUUACCAUCUAUAGGUUGUCGUUCAGUUCAGUGCGGAGGUAACGUAACUAUUAACAACACUGGUGAAAUCACUAGUCCC